AUGGCCUACAACUCGAAGAAGGAUGAGGAUGCGACUAGCAUGAUAGUCAGCGUGGACAGGACUACGGUGUUUCAAGAAGGCAUCCCGAUAUCACCGCGACGAUGUCGCAUACUCCUCACAAAAAUCGCCCUCCUCCUCUUCACCGGCGAGAAGUUCCCCACGAACGAAGCGACAUCCCUUUUCUUCGGGAUCUCGAAGCUCUUCCAGAACAAAGAUGAGAGCCUACGGCAGAUGGUCUAUCUUGUGCUCAAGGAGCUUGCGAAGGAGGCGGAGGAUGUCAUCAUGGUCACCAGCUCGAUCAUGAAAGACACCAGCGUGAAAUCAGACGUUAUAUACAAAGCCAAUGCUAUACGAGCGUUAACAAGGGUCAUUGAUGCCUCCACUGUUCAAGCGAUUGAGCGACUCAUCAAAACCGCCAUAGUGGACAAGAACCCCUCCGUCUCUUCCGCCGCCCUUGUCUCCGCAUAUCAUCUCCUUCCAGUUGCCCCAGACGUAGUGAGGCGGUGGCAGAGCGAGACGCAGGAGGCAGCAGCAGCAACGAGGUCGGGUGGAGGCUUCAUGGGCUUUGGUGCCAGCGGGGCCUCUGCCCUCUCACCUUCCUCAACUUACCAGAAUCAAUAUCAUGCUAUCGCGCUGAUGUUCCAGAUGCGGAAGAAUGAUAGGAUGGCUCUCGUCAAGAUGGUACAGCAAUACAGUGCUGCAGGCGUGGUCAAAAGUCCUGCGGCUACCAUGUUGCUCGUGCGGCUGGCCGCGAGCCUUGCCGAGGACCAGUCUUUGCGGAAACCCAUGAUGCAGCUCAUUGACGGCUGGUUACGGCAUAAGAGCGAGAUGGUUAAUUUUGAAGCCGCUAAAGCCCUCUGUGCGAUGCGCGACGUAUCAGACGCGGAGGUCGUCCAGGCAAUCCAUGUCCUCCAGCUCUUUCUGACAUCACCACGUGCCGUCACCAAGUUUGCCGCCAUUCGCAUCUUACACGACUUUGCCUCGUUCAAGCCGGAUGCUGUCAGAACAUGCAACCCCGAUAUCGAGCUUUUGAUAUCAAAUUCGAAUAGAUCCAUUGCAACGCUUGCCGUUUCGACACUGCUGAAGACCGGGAACGAAUCGAGCGUGGAUCGGCUGAUGAAACAGAUUCAGAGCUUUAUGAGCGAGAUCUCGGAUGAGUUCAAAGUCACCAUCAUCGACGCUGUACGAACAUUAUGUCUAAAGUUCCCAAGCAAGCAAGCUGGCAUGCUUCAGUUCCUCUCCAGUGUUUUGCGCGAUGAAGGAGGCUUUGAGAUGAAGCGCUCAGUAGUUGAAGCGAUAUUUGAUCUGAUCAAGUUCGUGCCGGAAUCAAAAGAAGAUGCGCUUGGCCACCUUGCGGAGUUUAUUGAGGACUGUGAAUUCACUAAGCUCGCUGUGCGCGUGCUGCAUUGCUUAGGGACGGAAGGCCCGAAGACCUACAUUUAUAACCGCAUCACUCUCGAGAACGCCAUCGUCCGAGCUGCGGCUGUAACUGCUCUGGCGAAGUUUGGGGUCGGGCAAAAGGACGAGGAACUGAAACGAAGCGUACACGUUCUGCUUUCACGAUGCAUGGACGAUACGGAUGAUGAAGUCCGUGACCGUGCCGCCCUCAACCUUCGUCUCAUGGACUCCGACGAAGACAUGGGAAUACGCUUCAUCCGAAACGACUCCAUGUUCUCCCUCCCUGUCCUCGAGCAACAGCUUGUCCUCUACGUCACCUCAUCCGACAAGCAAAACUUCAGCGCCCCCUUCGACCUCUCCGCCAUUCCCAUCGUAACACGCGAGCAGUCCCUCGCAGAGGACCGAACCAAGAAGCUCACGACCGCGACGCCGACACUCAAAGCGCCGUCCACAGGUCCCAAACCCGACCACCGUGGCGGCGAAUCCGCAGCCCAAAGCGCCGCAGCCGCGACCCAGAAGUACGCCGAGGAGCUGGCUAAGGUGCCUGAGCUCGCAAGCUACGGCGCCGUGCUCAAGAGCUCGCCCGUCGUCGACCUCACGGAAAGCGAGACCGAGUACGUCGUCAGCGCCAUCAAGCACAUCUUCCGCUCGCACAUCGUGCUACAAUUCAACGUCAAGAACACCUUACCCGCGACCGUGCUCACAGACGUCUCGGUCGUCUGCACGCCUGAAGACGCAGAGGAGGCGGGGCUCGAGGAGGACUUCAUCAUCCCCGCGCCCGCGCUCAAGACCGAUGAGCCCGGGGUCGUGUACGUCAGCUUCAGGCGUGUGGGCGGCGAGAAGGCGUACACGGCCGCGACGUUCAACAACGUCCUGAGGUUCACGAGCAAGGAGAUUGAUCCCUCGACCGGCGAGCCGGAGGAGCAGGGUUACGAGGACGAGUACGCGGUCGAGGAUCUUGAGCUGGGAGGCGCGGAUUACGUCAUCCCGGCGUAUGCGGGCAGCUUUGAGAACGUAUGGGAUCAAGCGCAGGGCGGAGAGGAGGCACAGGAGACGUUGGUGCUGGAAGGUGUGAAGAGUCUGGCCGACGCGACAGAAACCCUAAUCAAACAGCUCUCCCUCCAGCCCCUCGAGGGCUCGGACGUUGUCCUCAGCCCUACUACCCACUCCCUCAAGCUCUACGGCAAGACGCUCACCGGCGGCCGAGUCGCUGUACGCGUCAGGCUGGCGUUCUCUGCCAAGUCGGGCGCGACGAUGAAGAUUGAGGCGCGCGCGGAGGAGGAGGGGGUUGCGGGAUUGGUUGUUGGAGGUGUUGCUUGA